AGCAGCUGAGGAACUCAGCAAAGCCUGCUCCAAACUUCUCAGCUGUUGACAGGCUUGACUUGCUGAGAACACUGGUUAAAUAUAGCACAAGCGAGCUGAGCUCAACAAAGUCAUUGCUGUAACACUGUGUGAAGAGACCAGAAGAGGGGAAAUACAAUCUGAGAACUAAACUGCCAAAGCCUAACACCACCUAGCAACAGUUGAAAAAACUUUUAAACAAAAGUCUGGGUGAGACACAGACAGAGUAUACCUCCUACUUCUCCUGCCUGGGAUUUCUGCGAGAAGCAGCUCCGGUCUUCUGUUCUCUACCCCAUUUCCUUCAUUACUUCAGCUGCCGGUAGACCUAGAAAAGUGGGGAAAGUUUCUCUCUUUGUGUUCUCCUGGUCUGGAUCGGUCUACUACUGUGGUGGUGCUGUGGGACGAGCUACUGCAAUCUUGCAGUGUAAAGGAUAUACUCCUAGGUUCGUGUUGCUGACAGGGAGCAGCAGGGAUCCCAGUCAGCCUCAGGUGGGAGCAGCGGAGUGAUGGCACAGGGACACCUCCAUCCUCGACUCCCUCCUCCCCCCUCCGGACCUAGAUUCUAGUGAAGCCCCGCUCUGGAAGCAUCCCUCGACACAGGUAGGGAUGAGAUCCCGAAACCAAGGUGGAGAAAGCUCGUCUAACGGGCACUUCUCCAGUUCCAAGCCUGUCAUCAGCCAUGCAGAGAAUGAAAAACUUCAGGAGGAUGCCAAGAAAAAGAACAAACCUCAUCGGAAGGAAGAUGAGGUCAUGGUUUCAGCAACUGUCAAACGGCACUCAAAAUCACCUGGACCUACUGAACGAAAGAACAAGAAGUCCAUAGAGCUUUCUAAAGAGGACUUGAUAAAACUCCUCAGUAUAAUGGAAGGAGAACUGCAGGCAAGGGAGGAUGUGAUCCACAUGCUGAAGACAGAGAAAACCAAACCUGAAGUUUUAGAAGCUCAUUAUGGGUCUGCAGCUCCAGAGAACGUGCUCCGAGUGCUACACAGGGAUGCCAUACUUGCCCAAGAAAAGUCUAUAGGGGAAGAUGUCUAUGAGAAACCAAUUUCAGAGCUGGACAGACUUGAAGAAAAGCAGAAAGAGACGUAUCGGCGCAUGCUGGAACAGCUCCUGUUGGCAGAAAAGUGCCAUCGCCGCACAGUUUAUGAGCUAGAAAAUGAGAAACAUAAACACACAGAUUACAUGAACAAGAGCGAUGACUUUACCAACCUCUUGGAACAGGAGCGGGAGAGGUUGAAGAAACUUCUUGAGCAGGAGAAGAUCUAUCAAGCCCGGAAGGAGAAGGAACAUACAAAGAGACUCAAUAAACUAAGAGAAGAACUAGUCAAGCUCAAAUCAUUUGCACUCAUGCUGGUAGAUGAAAGACAAAUGCAUAUUGAACAACUUGGUCAACAAAGCCAGAAAAUACAGGACUUAAACCAAAAGCUAAAGGAAGAAGAAGAAAAGCUUAAAAUUAUCAGUGCAAAAACAAAAGAAGAUGGUCAAAAACUGAUGAAACUAGAGGCAGAACUUGAACAUAAAACAUCAUCAUUUUCUCAAGAACAUGAGGAGAUGACUGCUAAACUGGCUAAUCAAGAGUCCCAUAAUAGACAGCUGAGGCUUAAGCUAGUGGGGUUGACUCGCAGAAUAGAGGAGCUAGAAGAAACUAACAAAAAUCUUCAAAAAGCUGAGGAGGAACUUCAGGAACUAAGAGAUAAAAUAGCAAAAGGGGAAUGUGGGAACUCUAGCUUAAUGGCAGAAGUGGAAAACCUCCGCAAGCGUGUGCUUGAAAUGGAGGGGAAAGAUGAAGAGAUCACAAAAACCGAAUCUCAGUGUAAAGAGCUGAAAAAUAAACUGCAAGAGGAAGAGCACCAUAGCAAAGAGUUGAAACUUGAAGUGGAAAAAUUGCAGAAAAGAAUGUCAGAACUAGAGAAGCUGGAAGAGGCUUUCAGUAAAAGUAAGUCUGAAUGCACCCAGCUACACUUAAACUUGGAGAAAGAAAAGAAUUUGACUAAGGAUUUGAUAAAUGAGUUGGAAGUGGUGAAGACUCGAGUGAAAGACCUUGAGGCAUCAGAAAGCAAAUUGGAAAAGGCUGAAAUAAGCUUAAAAGAUGACCUUACAAAGCUGAAGUCAUUUACUGUAAUGUUGGUUGAUGAACGAAAAAACAUGAUGGAGAAAAUAAAACAGGAGGAAAAAAAGGUUGAGGGUCUAACCAAGAAUUUUAAAGUUGAACAAGGGAAAGUUAUGGAUGUAACAGAGAAACUGAUAGAAGAAAGUAAGAAAUUUUUGAAGCUGAAAUCCGAAAUGGAGGAAAAAGUGUCUAGUUUGACAAAGGAAAGGGAUGAGUUAAUUGGCAAACUGAGAAGUGAAGAAGAAAAAUCCUCUGAACUAAGCUGUAGAGUUGACCUGUUAAAGAAAAGAAUUGAUGGUAUGGAGGAAGUAGAAAGAGAAAUUACAAGAGGUCGAAGCAGGAAAGGACCAGAGCAUGGUUGUCAUGAGGACAACAAGAUUAAAGAACUUACUGUUGAAAUUGAAAGACUGAAAAAACGUCUCAAACAAUUGGAAGUGGUGGAAGGAGAUUUGAUGAAGACAGAAGAUGAAUAUGAUCAGCUUGAGCAGAAAUUUAGGACUGAGCAGGAUAAAGCUAACUUUCUUUCUCAGCAGCUGGAGGAAAUGAAACUUCAGAUUGCCAAAACCAAAGCAAUAGAAAAAGGUGAAGCAGUGAGCCAGGAGGCAGAGCUCAGGCACAGGUUUCGUCUGGAAGAGGCCAAAAGCAGAGAUUUGAAAGCAGAAGUUCAAGCUCUUAAGGAAAAAAUCCAUGAGCUGAUGAACAAAGAAGACCAGCUUUCUCAGCUCCAAGUUGAUUAUUCGGUUCUGCAGCAAAGGUUUAUGGAAGAAGAAAAUAAAAACAAGAGCAUGGGGCAGGAAGUUCUGAACCUAACAAGAGAGCUGGAGCUUUCUAAGCGUUACAGCCGUGCUCUGAGGCCCAGCAUAAAUGGACGAAGAAUGGUUGAUGUUCCUGUGACAUCCACUGGCGUGCAAACAGAUGCUGUAAGCAGUGAAGCAGCAGAAGAAGAAACCCCAGCAGUGUUUAUAAGGAAAUCCUUCCAGGAGGAGAAUCACAUCAUGAGCAAUCUGAGACAGGUGGGUCUGAAAAAACCCAUGGAGCGUUCUUCAGUGCUUGAGAGAUAUCCUCCAGCAGCAAAUGAACUUGCAAUGAGGAAAUCUUGGAUACCAUGGAUGAGAAAGAGGGAAACUGGGGCUCAGGCAACUCCUGAUAAAGGAGCCCGAACCCACGGUAGUCCAGCGCAUCCCGGGGAGGUUGUGCUUUCACCGAAGCAGGGUCAACCUCUUCAUAUUCGGGUGACACCAGACCAUGAGAACAGCACAGCUACUUUGGAGAUAACCAGUCCAACCUCAGAGGAAUUUUUUUCAAGUACCACUGUCAUUCCUACUUUGGGAAAUCAGAAGCCACGAAUAACCAUCAUUCCCUCUCCAAACGUUAUGCCUCAAAAAGGAAAAGGCAGUGAAAGUCCCAUGGGCCCAGAUCGUUCUAUGUCUCCAGUUACUAUAACAACGUUCUCCAGGGAAAAGUCCCCAGAGGGAGGGAGAGCACCCUUCGCCGACAGACCUGCGUCGCCAAUUCAGAUUAUGACAGUAUCAACAUCCGCAGCACCGGCAGAAAUCUCUGUCUCUCCGCAAUCACAAGAUAUGACCAUGGGAAGGGCUGUCUUCAAAGUAACACCGGAAAAACAAACCGUCCCGACUCCAAUCCGCAAGUACAAUGCCAACGCCAACAUUAUUACGACAGAAGACAACAAAAUCCACAUCCACCUAGGUUCCCAGUUUAAACGCUCUCCCACUGCUGCAGCUGAUGGUGCGAGUUCUGUGAUAACAGUCAGACCGGUGAAUAUAGCAGCAGAGAAAGAAGUUGUGACGGGUACUGUCCUUCGAUCGCCUCGGAACAACCUGUCCUCGCGACCUGCAUCAAGCAAGGUGACAAGUACUAUCACUAUAACCCCUGUUACAACGUCUUCCACCCGAGGAACACAAUCAGUGACAGGACAGGAUGGGUCAUCCCCGAGACCUGCACCCACCCGCAUUCCUGUGUCAAAAGGUAUGAAAGCAGGAAAGCCAGUAGUGGCAGCCCCAGGAGCAGGAAAUGUGACAAAAUUCGAGCCUCGUGCUGAGACUCAGUCUAUGAAAAUAGAACUGAAGAAAUCUUCAGCCAGCAGCUCUGCCUCCCUGGGCGGGGGUCAGGGCUGAUGGCGGUGGCUCAGGGGGAAUUUCUUCUGAAUCUGAAGACAGUUAUAUUUAGUGACUACAGUAAGAUUCUCCAUUCAGUCGGUCAGCUCCAGAAGGGAAUUUGGACAACCAAGUCUAAAGACAGUGCCUAAGCCCCAGAGGCAUCUUGAAGAUCUUCAUGAAGUUCUUCCUCUGCACUUCUCUAGUCAGUGUUUCAGUUGUGACUUAACUAGCACUGCAGCCUCUGAACCUAACUGAGAUCCAUAAUCUAGGUAUUCUUGUAUUUCCUCUAAGGGCUUUAAGUCAAGGCACAGUUUCAUGGUUGCUUAAAGUCAGGAUGUAACCCCACACUGGAGUCAAAAGCUGUAGUCCUGUCUUUGUCACCUCUAGCAAGGAAAGUACUCACUUCCAUUUGGUUUUCCCUUGAGCUGGCACAAGUGUUUGAAUUUAACUGGGAAACUGAUCUGAACUAAAAGAAAUCUGGCAAAACCCAAAAAGCUUUAACAUAGCUUAGUUCCAGGCUCUCAGGACGGAAAAAGAAGGAAGGCGGGCGUAGGAAACCAGUGGCUGUUUUAAACUGAUUGUGGAAUCAUGAAUGCCUCCUCGUUGAUCAAAUACCACACAAAUGUAGGGGUGGUGCUGCUUAUUUUAAAAGGCCUUUGAUGGAAACCUUUCUUCAAAGGUAGGAGACAGGUUCCCCUUUCUCACUGGUAUCUGAUGAGACUCAAACCUACAUCAGCUGCAGCCAAGUUCACCAGUGGCACUGACAGACAGUUGAGAGGGAAGAAGGUGGUGUUCGCAUUCCCUCCUGUAAAGGCUGGGCUGUUCUGCAUGGAGGGCUUCAGUAUUCACUGAGCAGAAAGAAGAGAGUGGUUGAGUGGUCAGCAUAUUGAACUAGGAGGAGGGAGCCCCCCCGGAUUCUGGUCCCUGUUCCAAAGGCUGCUUUUGAGCCUGGCCUUUUGUGAAAAGAAGGCUUAUAAGAUGAAGUGUCUGUGUUCAUCCAUCCCUCCUUCUGUCCUUCAUUGAUAAUAACAUUGAACACAUCAACCAAUUUCACCCAAAUCUGACAAAGCAAUAAGGGUUUCUAGAAUGAGAAGUUCUUCCAGUUUAAUGAAAAGGGCGACAGAGAAGAGGAGCAAGACCUUGGCAGUGCCCCACUGUGCAGAAGAAUGUAGCAUGAGCUCACCUUCAUACAACAUCAAAGAAGGAACACAGGAGAAUGAUGUCAGAAAUACCACAAGGACAAGCUUUGUUCAGACCUCAGAUUUUACUAGGCGCCAAAGAAUCAAACUGUGACACACCAGUCCAUAGGAAAAUAUCGGGGCUUCUUGUGUGUUCUACGUUACUGGAUUACAGCGCAGAAAGCAAGCCUUCCUCUGCCCAGGCCAUCAUCUAGACUGACUCAUCCUCAUUGUUUCUCUCUCUUACUUUUUUAUCUGUAUUGAUUUCUUAUGAAGUGGAACAGUUUCAGUAGCAAAAUGCACUCAGCUCAGAGCAAUAAUGAUAGUUAGCAUGCUUCAUCAGGAACCGAGCUGGCUGAGAACCAAUCUUUGUAUUUUUGGUAGGAGUCAAUGUCAGCUGGAGAGAUGCCCUGUUCUGGCUGACUGCGUGGCCAUAUAAGCAGUUACGAUAACUCGAGCCCAGCAGUGGGACAGCAGUGAGGUGGAGAGGCAGAAGAGCAGGGAAAGGGCCAGCCCAUUCAUGAGCAGCACGUAUGGACUGAGAAGGUGCACCCUCAGUUCUCCAGAUGACCUCUGUGAUUUUAAAUCUAGUUCCUAAUAAGUUUUCCACUGUGUUCUCUAGAUUAGAUCCUGUCACCUGAAUUACUGUUACAUAUGAGUAUUGCUAGUGUAGUCACUAACAGAGCAAUACAUUUGAGUAAGUGUAACUGAAAACGCGGGAGCACAGAACUUCAGCCCUAAUGCCUGGGGGAUUUCUUUCAGACUGGUAAACAUGGUGAGCAAAUAAUAGAAGAAAACCAGAGAUUUUGAUUUAUUUUGCCCACCAUUUUUGCAUUUCGUGACACCCAUUAGUGUGAUUUUUCAAAAAACAAAUAACACUUUGUGACUCUUCUGAAUAUGCUCACAGAGUACGCAUGUUACCAUAUUUAAACCUCAAACCACUUACAGCACAUAAGUAAUUGGCAUCGUGUGAGUAAUCUCUGAAGGCACGUUAAUACGUUGAUUCAUGCCAGUUGGAUGCCAAGUCUUAUGUUACUGCCUGCAGUGUGCUACAUGUGUUCUAAAACAUGCCCAGUGUUUACAUGAAUUUUCAGUGAUUCUGAUCAGAAAUGGAAGAGCAUGUCUUUAAAGAGAGUAAGCAACUGUCCUGCUGGGUUUCAGGUGCGUGGCAUCAGCUGCAACAGUCAGGACAAUUUUCAGACCAAUUACGUGUUCCCAUCACACCUCAGUGGCCGAUUUCAUUGAGUCGGUUUGAAACCUGUAGUUCGCUGGCAGGAGUUUCUGUGAGCUCAUCUUUCGAACUUGUUUUCAUUUAGGGGAAUGUUUUUCUCCCCUCUGUCAGUGUGAGUUACCCUCUUCCCCUUAAUUUUGCCUGAGCUUUCUCACGCAAAACCCUAUGCAACAUUUCUUGUUGUAGAUGUUAACUUCACUUUGAAUCUUGCUCCCUACGUGCUGCUCUUACUUGGCUUUUUGGAAGAUGCAAUCAGGGUUAAUUACUCUUAGAUGCAGAGCUAUCAGCUCUGAGAGUCAGGUAUGAAUCACUCAGGAAUGAACGGUUCUUCACUUUAAAAACUCUCUUCGACAGGAUUUUAAAAAUAGAAACACUGAUGUAUCAUUUCUGUUGCUUGGGUGUGCGUUGUCUGUGGCACAUACAUUUUUAAAUUAUCUGGCGUUACCUGUUUGUAUAUAUUGUAAGAAGAAAUUAAACUUCGUAUGUUAAAAUGUCA